AUGAGCAAUGAAUCUGGAAAUUCGUCUGGAACCUCUGUAUCUCGAGUAAGAGGUAGGGUCGUUGGUGUGCCCAAGAGAUGCUGGUGUGGAGAAUUGGUUGUGUCGUUGAUGUCCAAGUCCGCCGCGAAUCCGUACCGGAGAUACUAUCGGUGUGCUUUUGCGGUUGAGAGAAAGCUGAGUAAUGAUAAUCACACGUAUAAGUGGGUUGAUGAGGCAUUGGUGGAUGAGAUUGAAGCAUUGACAUGUAGGAUAAGCAGACUAGAACAUACCAUUCUUGCUGAGAGUGUGGAAGAAAAGAAGAAGAAGCUUGCAGAGCUUGAAAUGAAGUUAGAGGUUGAGGUUUUUGCAAGG